UCGUUUCUUUGGUUCUGGAAGUUUCACAUGAUAAGUUGCGUUGCCUUGCGCAGCGAUUCAUCAGCUUGCUUGGGGCCGAAGCCUGAUUGGGUCUCUCGUCCGCUCCUCAUCGUCUCUUUUAACUCGCCACUGCUUUCUCGCGUUUCUGUCGUCCUUCUUUCCUUCUCUGCUCAACCCCCUCUGCCUACCCUUUUCAAUUCUCCCUCCGAAUUCACCAAUUUUUCAUCAACUUUUUCCACCAAAGGAGGCGUCUUUUGCUGAUUGCUGCUCGAAAUUCGACCUUGGUGUCGAUUUUCGGAACGUUAGAGCAAUUGGGUUGCUGGGAUUUUGGGGCUUCUGAAUGGCAAUCCAAUCGUACGACAUGUUGCUGAAGAAUUUCACACUCUCCAGCCCUUAUGUUCCCUACACGUCGAUGAUUGUGGGUAUCUUCGCUUGCAAAUUGGUUUAUGAUCUUAACCACUUGCUUAGUGCUGCUUACUUUAAGAGCUAUUCCAACCUUUCAAAGAUGCAACGUAUUGAGUGGAAUAAUCGGGCUAUAUCAACUAUUCAUGCCCUUUUUAUCACUGCUAUGUCAUUGUACUUGGUAUUUUGGUCAGAUCUUUAUUCUGAUCAGGAGCUUAAAGCUUUCGUUACGCUGCAGAGUUCCCCACUGUCUACAUUUGCAUUGGGGGUUUCAGUUGGGUACUUUCUCACUGACCUUGCGAUGAUCUUUUGGUUUUACCCUGCUCUAGGUGGAAUGGAAUAUGUGGUUCAUCAUCUUCUUUCUUUAACAUCGGUAGCAUAUGCUAUGUUGACUGGCGAGGGACAGCUUUAUAUCUACAUGGUUCUUAUCUCUGAGACAACUACCCCCGGUAUCAACUUGAGAUGGUAUCUUGACACGACUGGAAUGAAGAGGUCCAGAACAUAUUUGAUUAAUGGGGUUGUAAUAUUCAUUGCUUGGUUGGUAGCGAGAAUAGUCUUAUUCAUGUAUCUGUUCUACCAUCUCUACUUGCACUAUGAACAGGUUAAACAAAUGCACAUAAUUGGGAGACUCUUAGCUUUCGCAGUGCCACCAAUGCUAGCGGUCAUGAAUGUGAUGUGGUUUUGGAAGAUUUUGAAGGGGUUGAAGAAGACAUUAGCAAAGAGGCAGUGAAAGAUCUUAUUGAUGAGUGACGUUGGUUCAAGACGCGACCGAAGGUCUAAAGCAAUUUGCGGUUUAUCUGGAUGUAUGAUACGCCCAUUCUUGUUUCUCUGUCCCCACUUCUAGCAUGUAAAUGGUUUCGAGACCGAUAAUGAAUACGUUUAGGGGUUCUGAUUCAAUGUGAACCCAAAAAUAUAGCAGAUGUUCGAGAACCCUUCUGUUUUUCUAGUUCCGUGCUUGGGAUGGAGCUUGAAUUAGUUUUUCGUUUUCAUUUUUAUCUCAGCAUUGUGAGCAGGGAAGGGACAAGCACUUGUGUACUUCGCACCACCUUGUCAGUCAUGAACAGCAGCGCCUUUAUGUAACGUGCUGGUAAAGAAGUGGCGGUAUUAUGUCUGAAACCGAAUAUGUAUAUAUGGUUCCUGUUUCAGUA